GUGGAACUGUAAACUAAAAUAAACUAAUGAAAUAUACAAAAGCAGUAUUAGCAAUCAUCCUUCUCCUCUUGCUCAGCGAAGCUAUUGCCAGAGACUUGAGAAGCUCUAGCAGUAGUAGAAGCUCAAGCAGAAGCUCAAGCAAAAGUUCUUCAAGAAGAAGAUCAGGUUAUGGAUCAAGCUCUUCUACGUACAGUGGAAGUGGAGAGUCAUGCAAAGGUAGUACAUUUAAAUGAGUAAUUUUACCUAUCAUUAUUACUCUGAGUGUUAUCCUUGCCAUACUCGCUAUUGCAGGCAUUAUUCUAUUUUGAGUAUAUUGACCCAAAGAAUGUAAAAGAAUCUGUGAAUGUCUUUUCUGUUGAUGGUGCCAAGUUGGGUCUUAUCUAUGAAAAGAAUUAAAACAAAAGUGAAAAAGAACAAAGAAAAAGGCUCCAUCAUCUCAAACUAAUAUCAAAGAACUUGAUGACAAAUUCAAAGUAGAAGAAAUGGUUCAAAUACAAAAGAUUGAAGCAAAAGAGGAAAAAGAACAAAAUAAAGAAGUAACCUUAGUUCGCAAUAAAGUGUUCGUCAGAACAAAAAUUCCUUCCUAUAUUGUAAAAGGAAGUUUUUCGAACGAAUUUCCGUCAGAGUCAAAUAGCACUGAAAAUGAACCUGAGAGCUCGUUUUCAGUACAGUCUGUCGAGGACACCUCAAAAUCAGACCCUAGCGCUUCUUCAGACUCCAAAACCUCCCAAGAUUCUCGACCAGCUGAGGAACUGGUUUAAAUAACACUUUUCUUCAUUUU